CAAAACAAGCGGUUUUUCUCAUAUAUCCUUAUAGCGAGCUGACCAUAAAUUUUUCACCAACCAAUCACUUCAUUUUCGUCUAAAACAGCAACUCCUCUCAUUUUCUUGACCAGUACUCCAAUCUGGUAAGAAGCUGAAUGCUAGGUGUUGAAGCGGUGAAGAAGUAAACUAUGGCAAGAGGGAAAAUCGCGAUCAAAAGAAUUGACAAUCCGGCAAGCAGGCAGGUGACGUUCUCAAAACGAAAAAGCGGCUUAGUGAAGAAAGCUAAGGAACUAGCUAUCCUUUGUGAUGCUGAAGUUGGUGUCACAAUCUUUUCCAGUACUGGCCGACUCUACGAAUACUCAAGUACCAGCAUGAAAUCAAUAUUUGAAAGAUACAAUGAAGAAAAGGAACAUCAUCAAUUGUUGACUCCCUCAUCGGAAGCCAAGUUUUGGAGGACGGAGGCAGAAAGGUUGAGACAGCAAUUGGACGAUGUUCAAGAGAACUACCGGAGACUGAAGGGUGAAGAACUUUCUGGCAUGAGACUAAGCGAUCUCCACAAUCUGGAAAACGAACUGGAGAUGAGAUUAAAGAACAUCCGCAUUAAAAAGGAAAAAAUGCUAACUGAUGAGAUACAAGAAUUAAAUCGAAAGGGAGCCCUUAUCGGUCAUGAAAAUAUAGAAUUGUCUAAGAAGGUCACUCUCAUCCACCAAGAAAACAGAGAACUUCAAAAGAAGGUUUAUGGAAAAGAAGAGGGAAGUUGCAGUGUACAACCUUCAGGAAAGGAAUCAUGUCUUCCGUUUCAUCUUCAACAAAACGAGCAACAACAAAAUGUCAAUAAAACAGUACCAGAAUGCGAAAUUAGUUUGGGGUUACAACUGCAGUAGCUCAAAUCGCUGAAGACCAUUCAAGGAUGCCAGUUAAAGUCUAGCACAAAGCAUGGCCAAAGUUAAGGCCACCAAAAUACUAUAGUAGCGGAGAGAAUAUAUACAGAUGUUUUAACAUCCAAAAAGUGUAACUCAAUGAUGCUAUAAAACUUGGUUGGAUAAGCAACUUGCACGUCUAAAUUAUGUUGUGCUUGUAUUACCCGUACGUGAACUUCUUUUUCAGUGCCUAUCACCCUCUCGUGCCAGGCAUGGCGAAGCCAUGUGGCAAAGAGAGUAGUUUCACAUCUAAACUAUGUUGUGUUUGUAUUACCCGUGAACUUUCGGUGCCUAUCACCACCCUCUUGUGCCCACUAGCGAAGCCAGGUGGCAAAGAGAGUAGUUUCACCACCUUGUUGUCGCGUGGGAGCGAAAAAAAAGUGUAAAUGAGCUUGCACGUGACUUUUUGUUCGAAUAACAUUGUCACAUGAUCAUAUACAAUAAACUAUUUGUUUAGGCAGUAUAAUUUUUUCAUGUUUUUAUUC